AUGGCCAACAACAACAUACCUAGUCCUGAUCCCUUCGUCCUGGAACAACUGAUUGAAGAUUCCAGCCGCGAACUGACGAAUCGCCGUCGGCAAGAACGUGCUUUUGCCGGACAGAGGCAACAGAUUCAGCACAUUCAACAGGUGCACGGCCUUCAACAAGUCCAGAACGUCGAACAAACCCGUCCUGAAGGACAAGUUCAGAACGGGGAAGACGGACGAAGAAGCCGUAGCCCAGACGAAGAGGAACAGAUCAACAUUCCCGAGGGCGCUGAUCCAACCGCCAUCCUCCUACUCAAGGAGCUGCAGAAAACCAACCGCCUCAUCCGCCUACAGGGCGACCGCAUCCACAACCUGGAAAGUAAGCGACGAUAUCGCUCUCCCCAACGGAGACGCCAUCGGUCACGUUCCUAUUCCUCUUCGCGGUCUCCUCCGAGGAGAAAUCGCAAGCGCAGUCCAUCUAGGUCUCGCUCCCCCUCGAGAAGAAACCGGCACCAGCGGUCCUAUUCCCGCUCUCCACCUCGAAAGACUCGGAAGAAUCAGAAACCUGAAACCACUGAAGCCAAGAGUCUCUCACCCGAGCAGGAGCAUAGAGGCCCCUCCAAAGCCGUGCAGAAAGUCCGCGAGCAUUCUCCAAAAGACAACCGCAAAAUCUCGGGCAAAGCACGCCCUAAAUCCCAGCGGGGCAGACAUUCAAACUCCCCUGAGCCUAGCGACGAAGAGGAUUUCCGCAGUCCCUUGUCCGAGCAAAUCCGGCGUGUUCGUCUUCCCCGGGGGAUGGAAAAACCACCAGCUUUGGACCACUAUGACGGGACCACCGACCCCGAUGACCACAUAAGGAGCAUCGAAGCUGUCAUGGACUACCAUGUGGAUCUUUUCCUAAGUCACUUCACCGCGUCUCGUCGGCAACCGAAAUCAGAAGCAAAUCUUGAGGCAGUAAUCCAAGGUACCAACGAAUCUUUGAGAGACUACCUCGACAGGUUCAACAAAGAAGCUGUCCAAGUGCAGACCGCGGACUACAUGAAGAGGUACCUACUCGAACGAGGGCUCCUCCCUGGAAGCGACUUCAAAAAGGCCAUCAAGAUUGAGGAAGUCCACUCCAUGAACGCCCUCCUUCGCAAGGCUCAGGCCUUCAUCAGAUAUGAGGAAGCAGAAGCUGCUACCACGAGAGCGUCACGGGACAACGACGCCGCUCGCAGUUCAAACCAUGAGCCCUCAACUUCGAGGCGCGGGCACGAGAGAAGGAAAGACGACAGGUCUCUCGACAUCAAAGAACGCCGGGGACCUUCUGGUCGUUUCAACGAAUAUACCCCGCUGAACGCCUCACGGGAAAGGAUCCUAGCCGAAUGCCAAAACACUGACUUCAAAAAGUCGAAUAUCAGACCCCCGAAGUCAAACCCCGCAAGGCCAGGAACCGACAAGUCCAAGAGAAUGUAG